AUGAAACGAACAGGUAGGAGACCAUGUGGGGAUCCCCCCCAGGAAUGUCCCUUCUCAUCGGGAAGGUGUAAAUCAAGCGAAGGUAACGAGGUAAUGGACGAGGACAGACGUAGGGGAAGAGAGUCGAACGGGUCCAGCACCGAAGAAAGGUUGUUUACUCCAAAUUAUUAUAGCGGAAGUAAGAACAAUACGAUCAGCAUAAAGAUAAGAAAAAAUGCAAACAGGAAUUUGCAACAUUCUGAAGAGAGAAAAAAAAAAAAAAAAGAGGAACAGAAAUCCUUCAUAAAAUCGCUAAUAGGUAAGAUAGAAGAAAUGUACAAAAAAGGAUUACAAGAUAAGGAAAGGAACUCACAUAAAUUGCCACUUGAGUCCAGAUCUGCCUUUCUUUUAAAUGAGUAUAUAAAUGUAGAACCCACGAAUAACGUGACGUAUAGACGUAGGACACCCCAGAAGACUGUACGUAGAAGCGAUUUCGUUGGAAUAAAUUUAAAGCCCUUUGUUAGAUUCAAGAGUCAUUCCAAAUGGGACGACAGUCAUGCCAAUAGCACCGGUGAUCCAAGGAAAAGGGCCAUUAUAAAAAUUUCGAACCAAAGUCCUCACGAAAUAUUUAACCCCAGGUUUAUCAAUACGCAUCGAUCCUCGUCUGAGUACCCUAAGCCAGCAAAUUUCUACUCCCUACGGAAUGAUGUAAUGAGGCACAAUUUGCCCUUCUGGGGCAGCCAAAGGGAGAAUAACGGAAUAGGUACCUCGGUAGGAAUUCACCAUUUGGGCAAAUUAACCGCUAAAGAAAUUAGAGAUCCCAAUAUGUAUGACACACCGUUCGUACACUUGAAACCGGUCCAAAGGUGUGCAACGUAUAAUCCAUGGUGUGGGGGAAGCUCAGAUGCGAAUGUGAACAAGGCGGGGGUUGCAUGCCACGUGAAGGGGACACACCCACAUAGACGUCGCGAUAACAGUGCAGAAAAGGGAGAACAAAAAAUAAGAGUAAGGAUAAGCAGAAAGGGAGUGGGAAGAAAGAUGGAAGGUGAUGGUGAUGGGAGAAAAACUGAAUCUGUCUCAAUGAACAAACGUACACAUCAUGGAAGGGGCCCUUCAGCCAACGAGCACGAUCACUUAGGGAAACAUAACGAGAGAGAUUUACGAGAAAAGGAGAAAAACAAAAAAUUCCAAGUCAACCUAUCUCUACCUUUAGACAACCCUAGGGGAAAUAAUUUCACGGAAGGGAAAAGAACAACCAAUUUGGGUGGCAACAUCAAAGGAGAUGCUUCCUCUCACGUUUUAUUCACUUCGAAAGGAGAAAGAGGAAUGAACUUAAAUGUGAAAAACAGAACGAAUGAAGGAAUUAGGCUUCGAUAUGCAGGUAAAGAUGGAGAAGAUGGGGAAAGCGCUAAAAUGUGUUCCAAUUCCACUUGUACAUGCGACACGACAAAGCAUAAUAAGCUCCUCUCUGGCACUUACUCAUCAUUGGGGGGAAGUCAACAGAGCUGCUGCAGAAAAAACACGAAGUGCCAUAGAAGUGGCUUAAACAUUCAUUGUAUGGAUGGCAGAAGCGAGGGUAGCAACUCUUCGUGGAACAGAACAAAGGAAGAGACAGAAUUGCAGAUCCAUGCAGAGGGGACGAGGAGGAAGAGCGCGUGCACAUGGAAUAAAGCUCCAGAUGAGUAUCACGUCCAGUAUGAAAGAGGAUUUCACAACAAAGAGGACCAUAAAGGAAUGAGGAAAAAUUCAUCUCAACUUAGGACAAGGACACAGGACAAUAGAUGCAUAAUGGAUGCCCGUGUGGUGAAGGGAGAGCACACCAAUUCCUAUCUUCAAUUGGAAGAUAAUAAAAAAGGGGAACAAAUUGUAUUAAGCGACGGCUGCGAACCAGGUGAAUCCAAAAAUGAAGGCCAUAAAUACAUAGUGGAAAAGAAAACAGACGCAGUGAAGGAUGAAGGGAAGAUUCUCUUAUUAACGCAACGUAAUGAUAAAUUGAUGCUCGAUCCUGGACACGAGGCACCGAGGCAAAACUGCAAAAUGUUAACCUGGGGAACUUCAAACAGUGGCAGGUGUAGCUACAAAUUAGACAGUAUUGCGCUGAAAAGGGGAGAAAAAAGUGGUAAAGGGAAUGGAGAAAAAUCCCUUACUUGUAAUGACUCCCUAGAGGGACAACAGAAAUAUAAAAACUUGAGGACGAUUACUAUACCGUCAGACAGUGUAGACGGAACGUAUGAGGAAGACGCAAGGGGAAGACAGUUCAUUAAUGAUGGUGAAAAAUUUAGGGGGAAACACCACAUUGCAAGUUCCUUGAACUUGUCAAACAAAAUAGCUUCUGAAAAAAAUUCAAUGGAAAAAUACAAAAUGGUGCAGUAUGGCAAAUCGGGUGUGAAAAAGGAAUGUAGUGGUUGCUCCUGCGUCUGCGAACAUAGAGAGAACAAUAUUUGCUACAACGGGGUCGGGGAAAAUAAAAGGAGUCGUACAAAGGCUAACCAAUUUGGUGAUACAAAUGAAGUGUUAGAAAUAAAAGACAAAUUGGGGAGAAGCAGAAGCGUUGCUACAGCCUUGUCAAAUAGUCAGCGUAACAAAAAAAGGGAGGAAUUUUCCCGUGACGAGGAAGGUAGAAGUUUCCCUUGGACAGGAUCAUCGCGAAGGGGGGUACACAGAAAGGCUGUUGUACGAAACGAAGUUGAGAAGAGCGAUAGUGAUAGCCAUUAUAAAAAUGAGGAACGCCUGUACUCGAAAGGAAAAGAAAGAAAGAAAAAAUUGAAUAUGUAUGCGAAGGGUAAUUCUGUAUCCAUAGAGCGAGAUGUAAAUAACAACUCGGGGACGACUCACACACUUGACCGGUAUAAAUCGCAUAGUGGGGACUACUCCAGUGGUGUCCACAAAUGUGUGGAUGAUACAAAGAAUGGAGCUAGAGAUUGUCCAGCUUGGAAACACAGCCAAGCGGAUGACCCAGAAAACUGCUUAUGGCAUCGUGCAGAACAGGUAUAUGCUCGAUCGCACGAACCAAUUUCACACACGAAAGAAGACGCGCAGAAAAAUGGAGCGCACCAAUGUGUUGUGGGUCAAUUGGGGGAAGGCAAAAUUGAAAUGAGGGCAAGCCAAACAGGCAAUAGUUGUUGUUUGCAACAAAUGGGAGGAAGGCAAGAUGGUGGAAUUUUAACCAAUGCUGAUUUUGAAAAACAUACAAACUAUAGCACUAACAGCAAAAUGCGUCGUCGAAGUGACCACGACUCAUCAUCAAAUCGUAAGAAGGCGGCGAGAAAGGACAAAAUGGACAAGCAAAGUGAACACUAUACAAGGAGUAACUCCCAUUCGCAUCACAGUUCUAAGGAGAAUUUUGAAAAUCCCCAAUCAUCGCAGUUGUCUUGCACUAACCGCUUGCACAGAGAGAGUAGAAAAAUGAGGAGUGCUUUAUCGGGUGACAUUUUUGCAGAGAACAGGGUUUCCGAUUCAAGGAGCAGAAGCGAAAUGGUAAAACGGGCCGAUUCGAGGGGAGUAACUACCCACUCAGGUCAACGUCGUCACAAGAAAGAGGCACACCAUGAGGAUGAAAGAUACGAUAAAGGGAGAAGAAGCAGCAGGUGGGGAAACGCCUCCUCUUCCAAUUUUUGCGAUUAUCCUGGGAUGAACAACAUAGAAAGGGUUCUCUACAAUUCGAGGGUGGUGUCAAGGGAGGAACAAAAGGAAGGUACCGAAGGUGGAAGGAUUCGUAGAACAAGUCGUGGCAUCGAUCAUGGAAGCAUUGUGCAUUACUCACACGGAGGGCAUCCCUACGGAGACACGAAAGAAAUCGCAGAAGGAAGUCUUGGUCAUGAUAGUAACAAUAAUGUAUCGUCUGGUAAAGGUGGCAGUUCGCCAAAGAAUGCAAGGCAGCAUUUUCCCGUGGGCAAUGGCUCGAAUAGCUGCGUCCACAUGUCGCAUCUCAGUGGAAGCGCCAUGACGUCAAAAAAGCCAACCAUGAUUAAUAGCGAUGUGUAUAGUGAUAAGAGUGGUGGUACGCAAGACAAACAGGUUAACAUGGAAAACAGUUUCCGCUGCGGGGCAGAUAACAAAUUAUGUAGCGACAGGGAUGAAGCAAUAAUUAGAAGUAUUCAGUCGAAGGGUAGGGAGAGUAAUGUUUGUUGCAUCCGCGAAUCGGUUUGUAAAAAGGGAAGAGGUGAAACGUUCAGCGAGCGAAUGGUGGAUGGAGGAAGACUACACAAGGGUGGUACAGAACAGAGUUGGCAGAAGACAUUAUCGAAUGAGAAAUGUCGAACCCCCAAAACGUCACAUAAUUACCACCAUGAUGAUGAAAAGGAAAGAAGGCCAAGCCGUAGAAUGAGGAACUCGCUGAGGAAGGACAGCAAAUAUAGUGGGAACAGCUACUCGGAAGAGGCAUCCGCUGAUCGGUUCGCCAUAUUGGACAAUUUGAACUCUCCUCAUGAUGAUGAAUCGGACAUGAGCAGAAGUGGUAAUUGUGUAAAUGUAGAUGUAGCAAAAUGUGGAAAGAAGGAAGGUGGGAUGUCUUGUGUGAAGAGACAAACAAAAGUGAGUACAUCAUCCGCGGGAAAUAUCUCCAAUUGGGGAAACAUAUUGGGGGAAGAUUCCUCAAUGGAGGAGACGGGCUUAUCAUAUGGUCCCUACUCAAUGCUGAAGGAAAGAAGUAGUGAAGAUAUUUUCAGAAAAAGGAAUGGCAACUCGCGUAAUCAAAGCAGUUUCACGCAAGGUAAAUGUGAUUUCUCAAAACAUGAACAGCAUAAUAAGCAUGAGCGUGAUCACCACAUGAAUUUCUCGCAUGCGCAAAGGGAACCCGUGCGUAAGGGUGAUGAGGCAGGUAGCAGUAUAUGUUUAGGUCGGGGGAGAGCUCCAUCCAGAAGGGACAAGUGGGGCAAUAGGGGGAACAACUCUGGGCACUCGAUCGAUGGCCAGAUAGACCAGCGCGGGACCUAUCACUGUAGACGCGGGAGUAAGCACGCACAUUCAAACCGAAAGGGCGAUUACCAGGAGGUGGACGAAAUAACCCCUUAUAAUGGAUCACCCAGAAUGGAAGACAAAAAAAAGCAGCAGAAUGGGGAUACUAAUAAAUAUAAGGAAGCUAGAAAGCAGACGGGCAAUCACAAAUCGGGUCGUUCUUAUGGCCACUCGGAAUGUUCCCAAAGGAGUGGCAGCAUAUCUGAGGGGAACACCACUAGCUGUUCAGGCAGUCAUGCUAUGUACGACAAGAUUGACCCCUCGAGAAUGUCCAGGUCGCACAGUUCCCUGCAACCUGAGGAGAAUAAAAAAAGGGUUAAAAGUAGCGAUCCAAAUUUAGGCGCUCAUCAUGGGGGGAAUCGUCAUUAUGGAAAAACAUCCCGAGAGUGGCACAGUAGCCAUACCACACAGGGGGACAGACAUCGCUUCUACUAUAGCGACGAAAGGGAUAGGGAACCGAGUAGAGGCGCUUCCAAAUGGGAUGCUGAAGGGUCAUGUGUGGGGGAGAGGAAUAGACGCGACGAAUAUGUUGACGUGAGGGAAGAUGGCAUGAUGUCCGAUCGCAGAAGAACACAACCAGUUGCUAAUCAAUUAUGUGGAAAAAACUCAAAGGUAAGAAACAUCCCUCCCGUGGACAGCAACCAGCAAGACACGCACAAAAGGAGACAUUCACAUUAUAGUAGUGCAUCUGUCUGUAUUCACAACUCUGAAGAAGAUGUUACUCCGCCAGGUAAUGUCAGCAGUCAUGAGAGAACUAGUGAGAUGGAAAAGAAACGAACCCUUCAGGAAAAACCAAAUAGUAUGGGACACAACUGCAUAGGUAACGAAGGAAUCAAUUUCCCUCGUGAGAUAGAGACCAUUUUGUGCAAUAGUCAAAAGGGAGAAAUAACAAAGGGAGGCGUCUUGCCCAGCAAAACGAAUGAAUACCCGCCAAACGUCGACACAGGAAAAGAUAACGAGGUGCUUUCUGCGCCAAGAGAUUCUCCACUGAUGAGUCGUACGACAGACCCCAAAACAGGAGAAUGUACGCAAGGAAAUGUAACUGAGCAGAUGGACAGGUCGAAAUUAACCCCAAUGAUAAUACCACAGAAGUUCAAUAUUGUGGGAAGCGCAAAUGUUACGGAGGGCCCAAUCCGUAUGGAAAAUCCGCAGCCCAAUUUUGCCAGUGCAAAUAAUGGCCACCAAAUUAUGAUAAGCAAAACGUGUAGCGGAGUUGUUGGGCUACAAAAGGCCAAUGAGUACAUGAAGAGUGAGUUAAAUUAUUAUCUAGGUGGUGAUAAUUUUGCCAAGGGGAGUCGUCAUUGCUUCGAGGAAGCAAAUGGAAAAGUGGUAAACUCGACGGAAGCGUUCAGCAGAACGAAUAGUGUUAAAGAUGGAAUAAUCAGGGUGAAUGUGGACCCCUCCAAAUGUUGUAGCAGCGGUGCAGUAGGCGCGAUCGACUCGACAUUAGGGGGACACUCCGACGAAGCUAACCGUUUAGGAAAUUACAAAAAGGGGGAGUCACAUGAAAGGAAUAGAGACCAUAUGAGUAAUAUUAGCCUCUUCAGUGGAGGGCAGUAUGGUGCUGGGAGUUUAGGCCUUCCUAGUGACCACACAAAUGUGGAUGCUACUAACAGCAAGGUAGAUAGUGCACCCCUUAAGGACCCACUUCCGAAUGGUGAAGAGGGAAAUUUGUCCACGUUCAAUGAAGAUAAAAAGGGGAUAGGAUUCGAUCAACAGAAUGAAAAAAUAAAUUUUAACAAUGGGAUGUAUUGCUAUGCCAAUGUUAGCUCGAGUCAAGGUGUGAAGAUGGUGAACCCGGGAGAUACUUCCAAUCUAAGGAAUAAUAACACGCUUUAUGGACCCCUCAAUAAAGGCGUUCUCAUGAGCAAGCAAUAUUCUUACAUGUCUGACCCUACACAUAGACAAUUCCUACAGCAUCCCAUUGUAGCCCCAAACAGUAACGACUUCAACGGAAUGCACUACGUGAACAAGGCGGUGAGUAUGCCCAAUUUGGGGAGCAUAAAUAUUGGUGGCAAUUUAUUUAACCCUGGGAUUGGAAACAAAAUUGGUGACCCCGUGCAUGUAACGAGAAAUGACAUCCCCUCAACUGUGCAUACUCCGGCGACUCAGUUAAGUCCUCAGCAGAUGAUGCACCCAAAGUUUGGCAAAGCGUUACAGGUUCCGAUUCAUUAUGGAAAUAUUUCAAAUGGGUUAACUUACAAUCCUAUCAACGCUGGGAGGAAGGAUCUGUUAAUUAAUAACCGGCCUUAUGGUGGACAAAUUUUUUACGACGUCAAUGGUAAGGCGUACAUAGUUGGCACAAACGGGGAGGCGAAUGCGAGCUCAGUGAAAAACAUGCGUAAUUAUGCCCUUUCCAGUUAUCACCUUGCGAUAGAUAAUGCAAAUCAGGGCAAUCUGAAUGGGGACAAUCUCAUCGAGCAAACCGGACAAGCUAAUAUGGCCAUCCCUGCUGUCAUACAUGGGGACAAUGGCAUGGGUCUAAAGAAACCGUCCGUAGUGUUAUAA